AUGAAUUUCAUUGUCUACCUACUCGUCCUCAUCGCCUGGGCUCCAAGUUUCGGAUUUUCACAGGUUUUUGCUUAUGUCUUGCCUCCACUAAUGGGACCAAUCCAAAUAGAAUCAACAGACUCAGGAUUUCCUCCAGGAGUAGCAGCAGAAGUUCAACUUCAGGUUCCAGCAACAACGACAGUUGUAAAAGAAGGAACCCGAGGACUUUUUGAUGGAAUAAUGAACAGUUUUUUCGGUAGCUGA